CACGGAGUUCUACGGCGAGCGAGAGGAUCACAGGCACAAGGCAGCACAUUUUGCGCACGUUGGCAUUUCCCUUAACGUACACGCCUCGCUGUGCUCCGCUUGGCGUUUUGCAUACGGCAGCUCCUCGCUUUCUUCUUAACGGUGUGUCAGACGCGACCCGAAGUCAUGGCCGACCAGGUGGCCGCCGUGUGCGAGCAGCUCGUCAAGGCUGUGAACGUGAUGAUGGACGCGGAAUCGAGUCAAAUUUACCGACUGGAGGCCCUAAAGUUCUAUGAAGAGUUUAAAGAGACCAACUCCUUCUGUGUCCCAUGUGGCUUACAACUAGCCGACAGAGCCCAGCCUGCUGUGGUGAGACACUUUGGUUUGCAAAUCCUGGAGCACGUCAUCAAGUUCCGAUGGAACAACAUGCAGCAACAAGAGAAAGUGCAGCUGAAGGAGUGCGCCAUGCAGCUGCUGUCAAAUGGCACUCGUCCCAUCCUGGAGGAGGAGAGCCACAUCAAAGACGCCCUGUCCCGCAUCACGGUGGAGAUGAUCAAGAGGGAAUGGCCUCAACACUGGCCGGACAUGCUGAAAGAGAUGGAGGCUCUCACCGGCCAAGGGGAGGCUCAGACCGAGCUGGUGAUGUUGAUCCUGCUGAGGCUGGCGGAGGACGUGAUCACCUUCCAAACGUUGCCCACCCAGCGACGCCGAGACAUCCAACAGACGCUCACCCAGAACAUGGAGAGCAUCUUCAGUUUCAUGAUGGCAGUGAUGCAGAUUAAUAUGGAGGACUAUCGCAGACUGAAAGGGUCACCUGGACAUGAACUGAAGGCCAGGGCUCACUGUCGAGUCGCCGUGGCGACGCUGAAUACACUUGCGGGCUACAUAGACUGGGUGUCGCUGGUGUACAUCACCUCGGGAAACUGCCAUCUGCUGGAAAUGUUGUGUCUGCUGCUGAGUGAGCCGGAGCUGCAGCUGGAGGCAGCCGAGUGUCUGCUCAUUGCAAUCAGCCGGAAGGGCAAGCUGGAGGACAGGAAGCCAUUCAUGCUGCUGUUCGAUGAUGUGGCCAUACACUACAUCCUCUCUGCAGCCCAGUCAGCAGAUGGACUGGCGAUAUGCAAGAAAUCCCCUGAAUCACAAGCAGUGGAGGUGGUGGAGCGGCGCUACGUCUUCCUGAAGAGGCUGUGCCAGGUCCUGUGUGCUCUGGGAGGCCAGCUCUGCUCAUUAGUGGGUUCAGAUGUAGAGGUUGAAAUACCUGCAAACCUCAGCAAGUACAUGGAAGCCCUUUUAUCCUUCACUACACAUUCCAGUCAGUUUUUGAAGUCAUCCCCUCAGGCCACGUGGGGAGCCUUGUUCAGACAUGAGACUAUGUCAAAGGAUGCGGUUGUUGUGGCGAUGGCCGUCAAAUACCUCAAAGCGUCUAUGACCAACCUAGUCAAGACUGGGUUUCCAUCUAGAGACGAUAAUCCCAGUUGCGAGUACUCCCGUGUGGACUUUGACAGUGACGAAGACUUCAACUCUUUCUUUAAUUCUUUUAGAGCGCAGCAGGGGGAGGUGGUGAGGAGUGCGUGUCGCAUCGUUCCUCUGGAGGCCUUUCAGAUAGCGGCCGAGUGGCUGCAGUAUCAGAUCGCCAGUCCUAUUGAUAUCGGGGUUACCACAUCUAAGAGUGCAGAGGGCCUUUGUUCCCUCCUGUCGCCAUCUGUGGUCCAGUGGGAUGCAGUGACUGUCUACAUGGAGUGCAUGGUCGCACAGAUUUUCAAAAGUCUGGACGAGGAGAAGCUGCCGACAGAUCAGAGCAUGGAGCUGCUGCAGGCCGUCCUGAACUACGACACCAAAGACCCGCUCAUCUUGUCCUGUGUGCUCACCAACAUCUCUGCCCUCUUUCCGUUCGUCCUACACAGACCACACUUUCUGCCACGGGUCCUCUCCAAGCUGUUUAAAGCCAUCACGUUUGAGGUCGGUCAGGACAACAAGAUGCCUCGGACCCGAGCCGUGAAGAACGUGAGGAGGCACGCCUGUUCGUCCAUCAUCAAAAUCUGCCGGGAUUACCCACAGUUCAUCCUGCCUUGUUUUGACAUGUUUUAUGACCACGUGAAGAAGCUAUUCGCAAGUGACGCAAUGCUCACCCACAUGGAGAAAUGCUCACUGAUGGAAGCUCUGGUGCUGAUCAGCAACCAGUUCAAAGACUUUGCGAAGCAGAAGGCUUUCCUGGACGAACUGAUGGCAACAGUGGUGGCGGAAUGGACCUCGGACCAGAUGAGGCAUGUGAUGGGGGACCCCGCCGUCUUCCUGUCCUUUGUUGGAGCUGAUCAGGUGGUCGCUGAGCACAGCACAGACACAGACACGAUGGGUCUUAACCGGGGGCGGGUGAGUUUCUGUCUGAAUGCCAUGUUGGGCGUGGUGAAGAGGGCACGACGGCCCGCGGACGUGGAGGAAGCCAAGGCCGGGGGCUUCGUGGUGGGUUGCACCCCCGCCGGAGUUCCCAUCUACAGGAACCCCUGCACGGGCCAGUUUCUGCUCUUGCUGCCCAACCUGUUGACUCUUAUCAGGACUUACAACCGUCUGUUCAUGCCGGAGAACAUAGCCCGUCUGAGUGAGACCUUCUCGAGGGCUCACGAGGUGAUGGAUGCCGAGAAAAAUGUAGUUCUCGGUCUCUCCCAGCAUCCUCUGGACAUUUAUGACUCUCCGGUGUACAGAACCAACCUGGAGCGCAUGCAGGGAUUUUUCAGCACUGUGUAUGACAACUGCUUCCAUAUCCUGGGAAACGUUGGUCUGUCCCUGCAGCAGGAGUUCUACACCAUCGAGAGGUUGGCUGAAGAAAUAGCCGCCUCUGCUUUCGUUUCACUCGACCAUGUGCCCGACCACAGACUGCGCCCUAUGAUUCGCGUAUUUGUGAGGCAGUUGGUGCUGUCAUGUCCUCAGGAGUACUACAACAGUCUACUCUGCCCCCUGCUGGGCCCACUGUUUGCCUACAUGCAGCAGAGACUCAGCGUCAAGUGGCAGGUCAUCAACCAGAGGACGUCUACUAACGAGGAGGACGAGGAGGAGGUGGUGUGUCAGGAGAGCCAGGUGACGCAGGAGAUGUUGGAGGAGCAGCUGGUGCGCCUGCUCACCAGGGAGGUGCUGGAUUUCCUCGCCGUGAGCUGCAUUGCCAGAAAAGUGCCCGAACAAGCGGCAAAUAAGGAGGAAAUAGAGGAUGAAGACAUGAUGAUGGAUUCGGUGCAGACGGCACCUCCCGCCCAGCCCACAGACGAGCUGACGGAUCUGGGAAAAUGCCUGACGAAACACGAGAACAUCUACAUGUCCCUGUUGACCCUGUCCUUCACCUCGCUGUCGUGGAAGGACACCACUAACUGUCACCGCACUGCUUCCAUGGUCUGCUGGACCCUCCUGCGGCAGGUCAUAGGGGGUAAUCUCCUUCCUGAGGCAGUCACGUGGUUCUAUACCAGUGUUCUCCGGGGACUUCAGGUUCAUGGGCAGCACGAAGUCUGCAACUCGACCCUCUCUCAGCUGGCCAUGAUCAUCUACGAAAACCUGCGGCCGCGCUACGUGGAGCUGAGAGCGGUAAUGACCCAGAUCCCGAACAUCAACACGGAGGCUCUGGACCAGUACGAUCACAGGCUCCUGGACCCCAAUGCCCAGAAGGUUGGAGAGAAAAAGAGGAAAGACCAGUUCAAGAAGCUCAUCGCAGGAACAGUUGGGAAAGCUCUGUGCCAGCAGUUCAGGAAGGAGGUUCACAUCCGGAAUCUUCCAUCGCUCUUCAAGAGACCGAAGCCAGAAAAGGACGCGGUGAACAGUGAAGCGUUGGGCCUGGCGGCGCUCUUCUCCCCGGAGAAUAAUAGCCUGUAGGAACGCGUAACGGUUCAAACGGACGACACGCUGAUGACUGAAGGCAGGAGUUGUGUGUACACACCAGGGAUUUCCCCCCUCACCAUCCUCCAGCAGGGCAGUGCAGCGCUAGCGCUACCUAACGUAGCUGUCAGCAGUCGGCCAUCUUUUAUUUUCACCCUCAUUGUGCCACAAUGACACUCACAAUGAUAACUAAUAUCUUUUCACUAAUUGAGUGCACGGGCAAGGUUCACACAGAGGAUCCUUUUUUAAGUCUCUUCUGCUCCAUUGUCUUCUACGUACCUUACAGGAGGUUGUAGAAAUAUUUCUUAUGCAGAUUUUGCUAAGGGAUGAUCAAAAAAGAAAUGGUGAAUAUUUGCUCCACUGCUGACUCUGCUGAGCCACAGCCACACUGUACCUUGAAGUAGGUCAAUUCUGGAUUCUUCAUUUUACUUUCCUUUUUUUUUCUUCAUUUUAAUGAACAGUACUUUCUAAUUGCCCAGCGUGCACACUAAGUGCGUUAUAAAAAUCUUGAUUAAGUGUUGUUAUAUGCUGCUGCUGUCAAGGGCCAAGUCCCAGGUCAAAAAGAAAAGAAAAAAUAUUGAACUAAUGCUGGUUUGUUUAUUUACCAUAAUUUCCUUUGACUGGACAAGCUUGAAUGCAGUUUCUCAUUCUGAAGGAUGUGCCAAUGGUACCUCCCAUGCAACACUCCCUGUGAUUGGGUGAAGAUGAAAAGAAAAACAGCAACUGGAUUGUGUUUUCAUGAAUGGUUUUUGUAGAUUUAAAUAAGACAAACCGUUGCAGUUAUUACACGGUGUUUUAACAAGCCUGCGAUUUUGCCUCUAAUUUAUAUGUGCACAACUUACACGGCCCGAAUACCGUUUGGAACUGCUCCUUUAAUGCAGACCACAUAUCUUACUACAAAUAACACAGACACGUUUUGUGCCAAAACACUCACGCUAGGCUCGACAAUUGUGUCCGAGGAACAAAGCCUAAAAACACAUAACUUAUUCGAGGGUGGACUUGAGGGUGGACAAAUGAGUAGCUAAGUCUAAGUGUUUCUGUUGUUUUCUUGCUGUCCGGUUGAUUAUAUUUUCUGUUUUUAUCAUGUAUUCGGCUUUGUGUUCGUACUGGUAUUGCCUGCCAUGGGGGGAAAAAAAAGACGAACCUGCACUACAUUCCUUUUAUUGUCCAAGGGAUUGUUUUCGAGCGCUAGUUGUUGGAUGUAUUUUGCUCUUAUGGAGCUAUCAAGCUAGAGAGCGAUCGUUUUCAAACUAUGUUUUGUGUCAAAAUAAAUGAGUCAAGUCCCCUGAGAUGCGUUUUAGAGGCUGGUUUUGCUAGAAACGGGUUCACAUCCUUCUCACCAAAAAAAUAGCAACAUUUAUGAAGUUAUGAAUUGAUUUUCCUUUCUUUGUGAUGAUUGUUCACAUGGGCAAUUUUUAAAAGAAAUGCUUGUUCAACACUAUAAUGUUCUGUACAAUUAAUGAAAAUAGGAUUUGGAAAGUGUAGUGUGGUUUAUAUUUACUUUUUUUUUAAAUAAAACAGUUUAAAUUUGUCUCAAA